AUGUAUAUGAAUAAGUACAAUGACAUCUCAAAACCGAAGGUUGUGACGCCAUUUUCCGUUUUGGAGAAAGCUUACCAUCCAGUCACUAUUGCAAGGCUCUUUUACAAGCUACCAAAAAUUCCUGAACUGAAAGAAUUUGGAAAACAGAUCGAAAAAGAAGAAAAAGUAAGUUUGACCAAACAGCAAGGCUGUGGCUGA